CAUUGUUAAAAAAAAAACAUAAUUCGCAAGCAAAAUACGUUGGUGGAAAGGGCGCUGAUAGUCGAACGCCAUUAUAAUCGAUAUCAGCCGUAAAAUGCGUGUGAAAAUUAAAAGCACCAAGACGGAAAAAAGGCGCAGAUGGCCUGUCAAAUAUUUUUCUUAGGACAGCCUUACACCUUUAACAAGCCUGUCUGAAACAAAUAAGUCAUCUAUUUUUCUCCUUCUGUUUCGUGUAGCUCCAUAACUGAAGCUAGGAAAUGCUCUUUCUCAAUGCCAGCGACGUUUUCAGUACCUGAUGACUAACUAGAGAAUCGACAAGCUUUCGCCGUGAAAAGAAAUUGAAAGCAAGAAACGGAAAACAGACAUUAAUCCGCGAAAAUAAACUCUGGCUAUGUAAGAAGGAUAUACGGACACCAAACGAGCUGAAGUAAACACCUGUCUCCAAUAAAAUUUUCGCGGUGAACUACGAAAGACAACCUCAAACCACCGCGACGCUGAAACACAAACAAAACGCUAAAACUCAAGACUUUUUUUCGUUAAAAAAAGAAAAAGGCAAGUCUACCACGCAGUGAGUGUUUUUAAACUACUCAAGAGAGACAAAAAUUAACUUUACGAGCCGGAGAGUGGCAAUAAUAUACUCUUUGGACAGCUAGAUGACGUCGAAGUCGCCGUUGGUUUAUGUAUGCGGUGAAGCGUUCUUAAAUACGCCAACGAAUCAGCCGAAUAACCCCUCGCUUAGGGACAUUGUAGUCAGCAAUUUAGUGGUGCGAUGGGCAACUCGAACGCAUCCGAGGUCAGAUACUCUCGACCCAAGACAAGAAACAAAUAUGGAAUUGUUUCAAACGAUCUCCAACGCGAGUGUAUUUGUCUUCAUCUUCAGUAAAAAGACACUAGAAGACAGCUUUUUUCUGAACCAGUAUGGCAUCGCUAAAUCGUACAAUGUUCCCAUAGUGGGAAUGCGUCUGACGAAUUAUUUUCUGCGGAAUCCUUUACCCGAACAGUUUUAUCGAACGGAAAUUGUCGAUAAUAGCGGAAACGAGUCAAACGGCCAAGUCGAAGCUAAACACGCGACCGGGAAAACAAUCUCUCUGGCAGAUCACCUUAUAGCCGAUUUCAAAGCAUCCAUGGUCUAUGGUCGAGAUUUUCACAAGACUUGCAUCGAAAGAUUGAUCCACAAGGUAACUAAAGCGUGCGGAGCGAAAGAAAACGUAAAAACUGUUCCAGAACGCUCUCUCGAGAACUUCGCAAAAGUGCAUAUUGUGGUAAAAAGCAACGAGAAAUCUCACCCGCCAACAAAGUGCCCCAAAUGCGGAUUUGUCGUUGCCAAUUUCUCUCCGCCUAAGCUCCAGCGGGCCUCCAGUACAGGAUCGUUACUUCGCCGAAGCCACACGUUCGAGCAUCUGCCAACCGGUUGCCAGACAAACCAAAAAGCGCCCAUACCUCGAAACCGAACGCCACUUCAACCCGCAACGAUUCAAAUUCCAAGUCCACAUGCAGGCAAAACAACCAAAAAAGCCGAUUCGCCUUCUUAUGGUAACUGGAUUCAAAAGCUGGACAAAAAGCAACAGGUUCAUACGGAACCCAAAAUUCAGUCCAGAGCAAGCUCGGAGACAUCUUCGGAAAUCCAACCCGAGGAACCGAAAACGGCUUCGCCACCGCCGAAGCCUUUGACGAACCCGAAGGUUUUCCGACGCCAAUCUCGAGCUUCAAACGGCAGUUGGACGGAAAGACUUCGAAGCAAACUUCGGCGACAAUCAAGCUUGCCAGUCAUUCCGACAACGUACCUCGUCACAACUCCAGAUGGGUUUGAGAAGCAGAUAUCCCUCGUAAGAUAUCCGCCCGAAAAACGAGAUCCGUCUUCGCCACGUAGCAGCGACGGAAUGGCUCUUUCCUCCGAAGACGAAGAUCAAGACACCAUCCACAUAUCACGUGUUCCAAGCCCUGAUGCACCCAGUGGGUGAUUUAAAUUUGAAAGGGGGAGUACCUAAGGGAAGAAGUGGAACUAUUCCAACAUUUGAAGUCCAAGGUGUAUGAACUCGUAUUAAAAUACUGGCUUUAGUUAAAAAUAACAGCUACUGUAAUUUAUAAUUAGGAUAUCGAGAUCUCUUAGAGGAGCUCGCAGGCUCAGGUCCAUUUUUUUUCAGGGUGGGAUAGCCCAUUUUACAGUCACAGGUGGAAACGAGGCUGAAAUCAUGUUGUUCUAAUGCUAACUAGUAUUUUUUAGGCAAAAUUAACAUCUGAAAAGGGAGGAGGUUUAAUGUAUCAAACCAAGGUCAACCUCAACCUCACGCUAGGACAAAGGCUAGGACACUAAGUUCACGACUGUAAAAUGGCCUGUUCAGUUUGCUUUCUGCUUACAGCAAAAGUUGAAUUACUUGAGAAAGAUAUUUCUAAAAAGAUCUCUUGAGAGCUUCGCUUUUGGCCUUGCCUAAAUAUAUGUAUUAUUAUUGGUUGCGUUCCAUUAGGAAGGUCCAGAUCGGGAUCGGAUCGGGAUCGCAAUCGGGAUCGGGAUCGGGAUCGGGAUCCGAGAUCACUCAGAAAAUAGCAUAUUAAAGGAACGAAGAACCCACGCUGGGAAAGGAUUCAACGGUUCAUUUCAUUUACCAUGGAUCCGAGUAAUCACUGAUCCUAAUAUCCCAGAGGAACGCACCCUAAUUAAAGGUUGUUUAUUUGCGAUGUAUGCAUGAAUCAUUUAGAACCGCAUUCAUCAAGUUUAAAGAGCAGUUUUCUAUUAACAGUUGCAAUCAAGUUUUAAUUAGUCGAUUGCUUUAUUAUGCAUGUGAUUGGCUCAAAAAAUCUCUCGCCAACUUUUAAACCAAUCAGGUGUAAUGCCAGAACAAUAGCCUGUGUACAGACUCCACAGGCUACAGAACAAAACAUGCUGAUUUUUCUCGUGUUCUUCGCCAGCCAGGCAUAUAUGCUUCCAGAUGUGAUUGGUUCAUAUGAUUGCACAGAGUAUUAAAAGAUUUGAUUGGCUCAAAAAUCUCAGGCCACUCUCUCAACCAAUCAGAAGUGAAACCAAAAGCAACCCGUACAAAUGACUGCUUGGCGCCGGCCGCACGUUUCCAGAUGCGAUUGGUUCAUAUGAUUGCCUGCACGUACCGUGAGUGGACAGAGUAUUGAAAAAAAAUUUAAUCUCGCGCCAAUAUUUAUCAAUUAGAAGUGAAACGCUUGGCGCCAGGUACGUUUGCUUACAGUUGUAAUUGGUUCGCUGGAAAGUCCGCGCCAAGUGCAUGGUCUGAUUGGCUGAUAAGUGACUUUUCAUAGUCAGUUUCUGACUCAAUCGACAACAGCUGUAGAGUACAGUGACAGGAGUCCAUAACCCGGAGCAUGCAACUGCCAUAAAUUCGUGCAACGGCGUUUUUACAAGUGAGUUUAUUUUUAGAUAAGCUUUUCCUGCGAAAAAUGACCGUUGUCGCUUGGACCUUUUCACAGUCGGCUGUUUCGGAGAUGAUUUCGCUUUCCCUUUGCGUGAAUUAUGCGUUGUCGCCGAUAAAGUAGACGUCCCGGGCUCUUCUGCGUUUUGCAGAUCUUCCUCUGAAGUGCUAGUUUCCGUGUAAAUACUGAAAUUGUCGCUUGAAGUACUGUUAGAAGAAUCCUCUGAAGAUUCCUCACGUGCGUCCACCAUGCCUUUUUUUUCAAUGUGAAGGAGUUGUUCUGGUUACGUAUUAAAAGUUUAUUAUUGAUGACGCACUUGCUUGUGAUUGGCUUUUCGAAAGCAAUUCGCUGGAAAGGCUUAUCUAAAAAUAAACCUACUUGUGAAAACGCCGUUGCAUAGGUGCAGUAUGGAAGUUAGUGAAGCGCACGUUUGUCAAAAAUAAAGUGACUGUGCCUGGAAAUAAUAAAUUGAGGGUCUAUAUAAUCAACCAGGAGGCACAAAACGGAAAUAUCAAUU